CCGCUGCCCCUUCCACCCCGCAGUUGCCAGGCCUGGUAACGGCAUCAGGCCCUGCCCUUUGCCGUUUGUGCUGGGGGCCGUCACAGGACCACCCUGGCACUGGCUCUGGAGGGAGGAGUAAAAGCCUAGGUCCCUAGGUCGCCGACCCCUCCUCCUCGGCGGGCGGGGCUCCGUGGGGCGGGGCCAGACCGACCCUUAUAGGACGCGGCCAGAGGCCGCCGGAGCUCCACCGAGACCAUGAGAGCUCCGCCGAUGACUGCCCUGCUGCUGGCGCUCGCGGCGCGCGGGGCGGUAGCAGGCGCGCCCACCUACCCGUGGCGGGACGCAGAGACGGGGGAGUGGCUGGUGUGUGACCAGUGCCCCCCAGGCACCUUUGUGCAGCGGCCUUGCGGCCGGGACAGCCCCACGACGUGCGGCGCGUGCCCGCCGCGCCACUACACGCAGUUUUGGAACUACCUGGAGCGCUGCCGCUACUGCAACGUUAUCUGCGGGGAGCGCGAGGAGGAGGCGCGGCCGUGCGGGGCCACCCACAACCGCGCCUGCCGCUGUCGGUCCGGUUUCUUCGAGCACGCCGGCUUCUGCCUGGAGCACGCGCCCUGCCCGCCCGGCGCCGGCGUGGCCGCUCUCGGCACCCCUAGCCAGAACACGCAGUGCCAACCGUGCCCCCCGGGCACCUUCUCCGCCAGCAGCUCGAGCUCGGAGCGGUGUCAGCCCCACCGCAACUGCACGGCCUUGGGCCUGGCCGUCAAUGUGCCUGGCUCUCCGUUCCACGACGCCCUGUGCACCAACUGCACGAGCUUCCUGCUCGGCCCGCUGGAGCCGGGGGCGCCGGGGACCGAGGAGUGUGAGCGCGCCGUGGUCGACUUCGUGGCUUUCCAGGACAUCUCCCUCAAGAGACUGCAGCGGCUGCAGCAGGCGCUCGCGGAUCCCGGGACGCGGAGCCUUCCGCCGCCGCUGAGGGAGGGCCGCGCGGCACUGCAACGGAGGCUGUGGCAGCAGCUCACGGAGCUCCGCGAAGCGCGGCCCGGGGCGCUGGGGGUACGGCUGCUGCGGGCGCUGCGCGUGGCCAGACUGCCUGGGCUGGAGCGCAGCAUCCGCGAACACUUCCUUCGGGCACGGUGAGCACCCUUCCUGGUAUUUGUUCACUGCAAUCCGAGCUCCUCGUGCUGCACCGAAGGAGACUUCGGAACCGGCCCCUGCAGCGUAAGGUUAUUUUUCAUAAAGCCGAUUGGUAACCGA